UGGAGGCAGCUCGGCAGAGCCCGCUCCCUGCGCGGGGGGGGCCGGGGCGCCGGUAAAGGCACAGCCCGCAGAGCCGCGGCAUUGUCCUGCUCUGCUGCCAGGGGAAAAUCCGGGCUCGCAGGGGGGAAAACCGGCAGCAUGGGGUCAGCAGAACCCGGCCCGGCGUCCGCAGCACCCACCCCCACGCCCCACGAUUCCGGCAUGGGGCCCGGGCCCGGCCCGUCCCCCACCGCGGGGCAGGGCAAGGCUCAGCCGCAGCACGGACAUGGGACAGACCCUGAGGCAUCCCCCAGGGCCGGCGCCGCCCCCCGUUCAAGCACCCCCCCAUCGGUCUGUGCCGGGAGGGCACGCGGAGGCGGCGACCCCGCCCCGGGCUUCCACCGCCGGGGCGCCAGCCGAGGCUGGGCUACACCCCCCGGGUCUGUGGCGCCCCCGACGGCCCUUUGGCAAGGCUCAGGCUUACACCGCCGGGGCGCGGGCCGAGGCGGAAUCACGCCCACCGGUCCCGCGGCGGCCCCGUUCAACCCGCCAGGGGCCCCAGCGAUCCCGGGGGAGCCGACCUCGGGACCCGACCUCAGAAUACCACCGCACCUUCGCCAGAUCCCCAGCAACCGGAGCACCCGGGGCUCAUAACCGACCAGCAGAGCCUUGAUCAGGGAAUCGCCUAAAGCGUCCCAAGCUGACUGCGAAAAAAUCGCUUCAACCACAGGGAA